UCUUCAUUCACCAAAGUCAGACAGCGCCCGGUGGAAGUAGAGGUCUUGUGCGAUUCUCUUGGCGCGAGUACAGUUGGUGAGAAUGUGUGGACGAUGGAGAAGAAGAGUAGAGUAAAAGGGGCUAAAGUUAGAAAUUAACAGCAGUUUAUGGUGUGAGUGCUCUUCACGAGCAAGGAUAUGUUUUUGGUUGACCCAGUUUACGGUCUCGAAGAUGGUGAAUGACGAAUUGGGUAAAGUGGAAUCGGUCAGAGUGAUCAGGACUCAUGAGCGUCUUUGUUGUUUUUCCAGUCAACGUCCCCCUGGAUCGGGUGCAAGCAGGCUGGGAGGAGACAAGUGGCCCGUACCACGUUCAGAGGCUUGCGGAUCACUAUGGGAUCUUCAAGGAUCAGUUCCCCAUGGCCUAUUUCGUCCCCUGGGUCACACUGAGCUUCAGCUACGACCAAGACAGCUCAGCACAAGUUCAUUAUGGGAAUCACUUGAUGCCCAAAGAGAUGAGCAUCUGCUGGAUAGUGAAGGGGAGUGUGUGCGCUGGCUGGUUGGGAACAUCCCAGGUGGGGCUGUGACGUCAGGAGAGGACCUGUGUCAAUAUCUGGCCCCGAUCCCCACCAAGGCUACCGGCUUUCACCGCUUUGUCUACAUCCUGUUCAGACAGGAAGGAACCAUCAACUUCCAUGAAGACAUCUGACCCUCAGGACUAACAGGACAUACAAGUAUCAUUUGUGCUCCAUGACCACCAUCCAUCCGUUCAUUUCACAGUAACACGCUUCCCCCCUUUCUGCUCCUCGAAUGCAUCUCUGUCACAGCGGAUAUUUAAGACUGUAGAUUUCUACAGGAAGCACCAGGACCGCAUGAAUCCAGCAGGCCUCUCUCUCUUCCAGGGUUUGAGUAUUACUGUACUGGAUGGUAGAAAGUCACAGGAUUGCUGUAGGGGAUAUGGGUGGAGAUCUUUGGAUUAGGCUUCAAUUGGGUUGAGGUCAGGUCUCCUUAAGGGAGAAACAAUGGUUUAUUACACUAUCACUUCAUCUUCCUGUCGAACCAUAAAAGAUGUAAGGAUUGGAGAGAAGUGCCUACAUUGGAGUAUAUAUACUUGUGUUGGUAGAAACAUGUUUUGGCUGAAUGCAGCUGUAUCGACCCUCUGGGCAGAAUAAACUUGGUUAAGCUUU